GUCCUAUAUGAUGUUCGAGGGAUCCUGGAGAAGAACAGAGACACCUUCAGAGACGACAUCCUAAACAUGCUCAAGGACAGCAGGCUGGACUUUAUCUAUGACUUAUUUGAGAAGGUCGGCAGCAGGAACAAUGAGGAGAAGAUGGGAACAGCCAGACGCAAACCUACUGUGAGCUCCCAGUUCAGGGACUCCCUCCAUGCUCUCAUGGCCACUCUGAGUGUAUCCAACCCUUUCUUCAUUCGCUGCAUUAAACCCAACAUGAAAAAGAAUCCAAAUGUGUUUGACCCAGAGGUCGUCCUGAACCAGCUGAGGUAUUCUGGGAUGUUGGAAACUGUGAAGAUCCGUCGGGCUGGGUUCCCCGUCCGCAGAACUUUCAAAGAUUUCUUCUCUCGGUAUAAGAUCAUUCUGAAAGACAAGGUACCAGCAGCAGUAGAUGAUAAGAAGAGAAGCACAGACCUUCUAACCAAAUAUGACAAAACCAAGAAAGAGUGGCAGUUUGGCAAGACUAAGGUGUUUAUGAAAGAGUCUCUGGAGCAGCGUUUAGAGAAAGACAGAGAUGAAAUCCGACGCCAAGCUGCCAUGAUAAUUCGAGCCCACCUACUUACUUUCUCUGCCAAGAAGCACUUCAAGCGUGUACGUGCCAGCGUCGUCACCCUCCAGAAACACUUCAGAAAGCACAUCCAACGCAGACGGUUCUUGAGGCAGCGCAAGGCGGCGCUGGUGCUGCAGAGACACAGGCGAGGUCAGGUUGCGCGUUCUCUAGUUCGAAAACUCAGAGAGGAGAAGAAGAAGGAGGAGGAACAGAAGAAGACAGAGGAGGGAGAGAAGAAGACGGCAGGCGACGGGGAGCAGGAGGAAGUGAACGAAGGAGAUGAGAAAAAAGAUAAAUCCUCUGAGGAAAAUUCAGACGAGGCCCGGCAGAUGGAGGAGAUCCUGCAGCUGGAGCGAGAGAUCGAGCGCUUGCAGAAGAAGAGAGAGGACGAGGUGUCCCAGCUGUGUGAGUCCUCCAAACAGGAGCUUCAGCUGCGCCGGGAUGCUGAGCUCAAACGGAUGAAGAAGGAGGCGUCGCGUAAGGCCACGGAGCUCAUUGACCUCCUGAACUUUGGAGGUGUGGAUCCUUCUCUGGGAGCAUCCGCAUCCAAACCUGCUGCAGAGGCGAAAGCUCCCAAAGCCGCAAGUGCUGCCAGAGAUCCGUCCAAAGAGGAAGAGGUGGACGAGGGGUUUCACGCUGAAGAGGAGUGCAUCCCUCUCCCUGACUUCCCUCCUCCUGCUGAGACAGACACUCCUUUGGAUCAGGAGAUAUUUGCUCACCUUCCUCCUCCCCCGCCUGCUUUUGCAGAGGGGACAGUGCCUCCUGCGCCACCUCCUCCCUCUCCUCUGCCUGCAGACGGCGUGCCUGUAGCUGGAAUUCCUCCCCCUCCUCCUCUCCCUCCACCUGAAGAUGGCUCGGCUGCCCCUCCUCCACCACCACCACCACCGCCCCCUCCCCCAGGAGAGGGAGGCAAAGCAGAGCCGGAAAGGAAGGUGAGUAUGGUGGAGAGCCUCGGCGACGGCGAGGAGCCUAUCUACAGCAUGCCGGCUGACACAGAGUCAGAUUAUGACCAGGAGGAGGAGGAAGGGUCCGUCACUGCCGGGGACGACAGCUCCGUAUCAGGGAGCAACCGCGGGAGUGCCGCUGUGGCGGACGAGGAGCACCCGAGGAAGUCGACCUGCACCAACGCCAGCAUCGAGUCCUACAGAGGCAGCUCUGACUCUUAUGCAGACAGUGAUGAUGAACAUGACGGCAUGAUGGACACUGAUGAGGAAGUGACUAAUGGCAGAGUAACCCUGUUUAAUGGAAAUGGACCACCAUAUUUUCACGGUUACCUCUACAUGAAGGCUGGUCUGAUGAUCCCAUGGAGGAGGCGUUGGUGUGUGCUGAAGGAUGAAACCUUCAUGUGGUUCCGGUCCAAACAAGAGUCUCUUAAGUCUGGCUGGCUCUACAAGAAGGGAGGAGGCCUCUCCACUCUCUCACGGAGGUUAAACUGGAAGAUGCGCUGGUUUGUGCUGAGGGACAGCAAGCUGAUGUACUACGACAAUGACAGUGAGGAGAAACUGAAGGGAACCAUAGACAUCCGAGCCGCCAAGGAGAUCGUGGAUAAUCAUGAAAAGGAAAACGCUCUGAACAUUGUGACGGAUGAAAGGACCUAUCAGGUGUUUGCUGAGUCACCAGAGGAUGCAAGUGGGUGGUUUAAUGUGCUCAGUAAGGUGCGUGUGUGCACUCCUGAGCAGCUGCUGGAGAUGUCCCAUGAACAGGCUAACCCAAAGAAUGCUGUGGGAACUCUUGAUGUGGGGCUGAUUGACUCUGUUUGUGCUUCAGACAACCCUGAUAGGCCCAACUCCUUUGUCAUCAUUACGGCCAACCGUGUGAUCCACUGCAACAGUGACACGCCAGAGGAGAUGCACCACUGGAUCAGUCUGCUGCAGAAACCCAAAGGUGACGCCAGGAUAGAUGGGCAGGAGUUCCUUGUCAGAGGCUGGCUCCAAAAGGAGAUGAAGACAAAUGCUAAGAGCACCUCCCUGAAGCUGAAGAAGCGCUGGUUUGUUUUGACCCACAACUCCUUGGAUUACUACAAGAGCUCAGAGCGAAACUCCUCCAAGAUGGGAACUCUGGUCCUUAACUCCCUCUGCUCCAUCAUUCAGCCAGAUGAACGAGUGCACAGGGAGACGGGUUACUGGAACAUCAUCGUUUACGGGAGGAAGCAUUCCUACCGCCUUUAUACCAAGAUGCUGAACGAGGCCAUGAGGUGGACCGCUGCGAUACAAGGGGUCAUAGACAGCAAGACCCCCAUAGAAACUCCAACUCUGCAGCUCAUUAGAGACAUCAAGGAGAACAGCGUUAACCCAGACAUUGUGGAACAAAUGUACAGGAGGAACCCCAUCCUCAGAUACACUCAGCAUCCUCUGCAUUCCCCUCUUCUGCCGCUCCCUUAUGGAGAGGUCACCAGCCUACAAAGGCAGCAGGGAUAUGCCAGUCUGCAGGAUGAGGCGGUACGAGUUUUCAACUCACUGCAGGAGAUGGAGACGCUGGCAGACACGGUGCCUAUCAUUCAGGGCAUCCUGCAGACCUGCCAGGACCUGCGCCCUCUCAGGGAUGAGGUAUAUUGUCAGGUGAUCAAGCAGACCAAUCAUGUGCCUCAACCUAACAGCCCAGCCAAUCGGGCACACUGGCAUCUGCUCACCUGCAUGAGCUGCACCUUCCUACCCAGUCGUGCCAUUCUCAGAUACCUCCGCUUCCACCUCAAGAGGAUCCGUGAGCGUUUUCCCGGCACAGAUAUUGAGCGUUACGCCAGUUUCAUCGGGGAAUCCCUUAAGAAGACCAAGACUCGUGAGUUUGUUCCCUCUCAGGAGGAGAUCGCCGCCCUGCUGGUGAGACAGGAGAUGAGCACCACCGUCUACUGCCACGGGGGAGGCUCCUGCAAGAUCUCCAUCAAUUCACACACCACAGCUGGAGAGGUUGUGGAGAAGCUGAUCAGAGGUUUGGCCAUGGAGGAGAGCAAGAACCUGUUUUCUCUGUUUGAACACAACGCCUUCACAGACCGAGCUUUGGAGAGCAGAGUGAUUGUGGCAGAUGUUCUGGCCAAGUUUGAAAGACUGGCAGGCAGCGAAGAAGAGGAGGAGGAAGGAGAAUGGAAGCUCUACUUCAAACUCUACUGCUUCUUGGAUGUGGAAAGCAUGCCAAAAGAAGGAGUGGAGUUUGCUUUCAUGUUUGAGCAGGCCCAUGAAUCUCUUAUAAGUGGUCACUUCCCUGCCUCAGAGGAGACUUUGCAGCACCUUGCCGCGUUACGUCUCCAGUAUCUCCACGGUGAUGGGGCAGGUCGCGCCGGGUGGAGCCUGGGAAGCGUUUAUCCGAUUGGUCGUCUGCGCAAUCGCAUCCUCCACUCCACCAAGCCCGGCGUGGGGGCGGCAGGCGGAGCUGGAGGAGCUGGAGGAGGAGGACCAGGAGAUGGGAAGGGCACUGCAGGAGGUCAGGGAGUUGUUCCACCUGGGGCAGAGAAACGAAACCCGAGCUUCCUGGAUGGCACCCUGAGGAGAAGCUUUAAGACUGGUUCACUGAAGAAGCAGAAGGUGGAGGAGGAGCAGAUGCUGGAGAUGUGGGUGAAGGAGGAGACGUCUGCCACACGGACCAGUGUUCUGGAGAAGUGGACCCGGCUGCAGGGCAUGCCUCAGCAUCAGGCCAUGCUUAAAUAUAUGAGCGUUAUCAAAGAGUGGCCUGGGUAUGGAUCUACUCUGUUUGAUGUGGAGUGUAAAGAGGGCGGUUUCCCUCAUGAUCUGUGGCUGAGUGUGAGUGCGGACAACGUGUCAGUGUAUAAACGAGGUGAACCUAAACCGCUGGAGACUUUCCAGUAUGAACACAUCACCUUCUUUGGGGCUUCACAGCCCUGCACCUACAAGAUCAUCGUGGAUGAGAGGGAGAUGUUCUUUGAGACGCCACUGGUUGGCGAGAUCACCAUCAUGAGGGCCUACAUCAACAUGAUGGUGAAGAAACGCUGCAGCAUCAUGUCAGUAACCAGCGUCACCAGUUCCUGGGCCAGGUGAUUCCCACCAACCAGUCAGAGCCCUCGGGUUCAUACAGUGGCAACAGAUGCCUCAGCCCCCCUUGCAUUGGUUGGUUGGUUGGUUUUGAUGGAGGCAGUCGCACCAACCAGCUAAUCCUCUAGGUUGAAUCAAGGGUGUUGGAUGAUCAUCUAUGAUCAAACGGGGAAAGCAAGAUAGAAGUGGACACAGAAGCCAAACGCACACUCUACUGGCCUGGGUUUCACAUGGGAUAGGGGAUAAGGGAUCUAUUUAGAAAUGAGCAUGACAAAGAAAAACAACCUGUAUUUUGGGACGGUCUUUUCAAAUACAUAACCCCCCAGUUGUAGUCCUGCAUGUAGAUGUUCAAGCACACUCCAAACUUCUCUCCGUUUUUUUUUU